UGUAAAUUUUGUUUACAAUGCAAUCGUAUAUAUAAAAGUUAAACUCUGAGUAUUAAAAACAAUAUUUCCUGAUUCUAGGCCCCCUUAUAUAAAGCACUAAUUAGAAGCUUUAAUCUCUGCAAGGAAGGAACGUACAAAGAAAGAAAAUAUGGCCCAAAUUCCACAUAUUGUAGCUAUACCUUAUCCAGCUCAAGGCCAUGUUCUUCCUUUAAUGGAACUUUCCUUGUGGUUAGUCAAAGAGGGUUGCAAAAUCACCUUUGUUAAUUCGGAAUUCAACCACAAAAGAGUGAUCAAGGCAUUAUCUGAAAACGACGAUGUACGCAACAAGAUAAGCUUAGUCUCAAUCCCAGAUGGUUUGGGACCUGAAGAAGAUAGAGCAGACCUGAAAAAGUUGACAGAAGCAAUUGCUGAAGUGAUGCCUGGGAAACUUGAGGGAAUUAUUAAAAGGAUUAAUGAGUCUGAUGAAAAUGGAGUAUCAUGUGUUAUAGUUGAUGAAAAUAUGGGAUGGGCACUCGGAGUUGCAGAAAAAUUGAACAUUAGACGAGUUGCUUUCUGGCCUGCAGCUGCCGCUACGCUAGCGUCGUUAUUUAGCGUCUCAAAACUCAUUGAUGAUGGAAUCAUAGAUAGCGAUGGAGCUAUACUGAAGAAACAGGGGAUUAAGCUAUCACCAAACAUGCCCAUCAUGAACCCAUCAGACUUUGUAUGGGCUUGCUUCCCUGAUCCAGCUUUGACGAAAAUAAUAAUCGAUCUCGUAACAGACAGCAACGAAAGAGUAAAAUCCGCAGACUGGAUCAUUUGUAACUCAGCAAAGGAGCUGGAGCCUGGAGCAUUUGCCAUGUUCCCUCAAGUGUCACCAAUUGGACCCCUUCUAGCAACCAAUCGAUUAGGAUCUUCAACGGGCCAUUUCUGGCCCGAAGACUCGAAUUGCCUAAAAUGGCUCGAUCAGCAGCCACAUAAUUCAGUCAUUUACGUCGCAUUUGGCAGCUUUACAAUCUUGGAUUUAACUCAAUUCCAGGAGCUGGCACUUGGGCUAGAAUUGUCCAAACGACGAUUCUUGUGGGUAGUUCGGGAAAAUCUAAUUUUGGACGGCGAUAGCGCUUAUCCAAAAGGUUUCAAAGACAGAGUAGGCAAUAGAGGCCAUAUAGUGAAAUGGGCCCCUCAACAAAAGGUGCUAGAGCAUCCUUCUAUUGCUUGUUUUUUGAGCCAUUGUGGAUGGAAUUCGACGGUCGAGAGCGUAAGCAGUGGGGUGCCUUUCUUGUGCUGGCCUUAUUUUGCUGACCAGUUGUUUAAUCAGAGUUAUAUUUGUGAUGUUUGGAAAGUGGGAUUGGGAUUUAAGAAAAAUGAGUUUGGAGUUAUUGGCAAAGAAGAAAUCAAGAAUAAGAUGGACAAGCUAUUCGGAGAUGGAACAUUUAAAGAAAGGGCUUUAGAUCUUCAAGUAAAGGUUAACUCUAGUGUCAAUAAAGGAGGAAGUUCUAAUAAGAUGUUCGGUACAUUUAUUGACUGGAUCAAGACUCAAAGAGGCUCAAUUUAAUUGGGAGAAUCAGCAUAAGAUAAGGACCUUAACUCUAAAAGAAUACAAUAUGGACGAUUUUUGGUUCUUGUUUAGCAUGGAAUUGAUAAACGCCUGCUCUACGUGAGAUUUCUUUUCCUUUUGUUAUUGGUUCAAUCAUUCUCCCCAUGAGAAUUUUCAUUUCUGUCCUAUGUUUCUUCUUUUUCUGCAUAAAGAAGGUUUAAUCAACAAGUUACUUU